AAGCACCGGGGGGGGGGUUAAAGAGAAAGUCCUGAGGGAGGAGCCCGAUUAAAGCGCGGGGUUUUUCCUGUGCUGGAAACGAAGGGACAGAAAGCCUUUCUUUAGGAAUGGCGGAAACGGAGCUUCUGGUAAACCUCUCCGCGUAGAUAGAAGAAAGCACUCCUCAGCUGCAGCGUGCGCCACUCAAGGCUCUGCCAGGUUUCACGUGAUGCGCCGCUGGGCCGCUCAGCACACCGCGCUCGCUCCCUGGUUGCACAGCCCCCUCAGUUGGCUCUCCUUCGGCAGGGCAGGACGCGCCGGGGCUGCCUUUGGCCUCCCUCCUCCUGGCGCAGCUUCAGCGCUUGCCCGGGCCGAGCGCUGCACGGCCGGCAGCUAGUUUCCUGGCUAGCUGGCUUUCUCGAGUGGAGCUGCGGGUGGCUCACGGAGGCGAGCGAGAAGACCGGAUGCGUUAGAAUACAUCAACAUUCAUGGAUUCUCCUGGGUUGCAGGAGGCCAGUCAGGCAUCUGUGUAUGCCAGAACACACUUCAAAGUCUGCAGGUUCAUCAUGGAGGCAGGUGUGAAACUAGGCUUGCGCUCCAUCCCCAUUGCUACAGCAUGCACUAUUUAUCACCGCUUCUUUACGGAGGUGCCUCUGGAACCUUAUGAUCCCUACCUGGUAGCUAUGGCUUCCCUUUACCUGGCUGGGAAAGUGGAAGAGCAGCAUCUGCGAACAAGGGACAUCAUCAAUGUGAGCCACAGGUACUUGCACCCACGGAGUGACCCCCUGGAGCUGGACACGCACUUCUGGGAGCUUAGAGACAGCAUUGUCCAGUGUGAGCUGCUCAUGCUGCGGGUGCUCUGCUUCCGCGUCUCCUUCCAGCACCCCCAUAAGUAUCUUCUCCACUACUUGUUGUCCCUGAAACACUGGAUGAACCGGCACAGUUGGGAUCGGACUCCAGUGGCAGUAGCAGCAUGGGCCCUGUUGCGGGACAGCUACCACGGGCCACUGUGCCUGCAACACACCCCACAGCAUAUUGCUGUGACUGUCCUUUACCUUGCUCUCCAAUGUUAUGGGGUGGAGGUGCCGGCCGAUGCUGAAGCUGAGCGGCCUUGGUGGCAGGUGUUCAGUGAAGAUCUCUCCAAGAGUGUCAUUGACCAGAUUGUCUUGGACUUAAUACAGAUCUACACGUUGGAUACAGAAAUCUCUUAAGUGCACCUGGGCAGUAAGGAGAAAGCUUCAUGCCCUGUGUCCCUAGUGGUCUGGCCACUUCAAAUGGGGUUGAAGUGAUAGUAGUGCCCCCCCCCCAUCUAAAGGACAAGGCACCAGAUUUAUAUCCUCUCCCUUUGAGCCAGAACUGGAUUAGCAUCAGUGCCUUGACGGAUGAGGAAAGUUUGUGAUUGUGCCCUGUGGUCCCUCUGAAUUGCUUUAUAGCCUGAAGUUAAACUGCAGCCUUCCAUCUCAUGCAAAAGGAGGUUUUCUAUCCCAUCAAACUUGGUGCUAGAUCAGAAUUCAUGAGAGAAGAAAUAAGUGGGGAAAGGCCCUGUUCCCCACCUGUUGACCCCUAGUACAACUAAAGUGUGCUGCAAAGAUAUUUCCCCCACACGUGUUUCCGGUAUGAUUCCCCAAAGCCUCAACAUGCUUUGCUCUGACUCCAUUGUGGAACCAGUUGGCUGUUAGUUGGGAGUGUGACAUACCAGUCUUCAGUCUUGGAUGUUGUACUGUGUAUCUGUGGGGUUUCUGACAAAAAACCACUGCUCCACAGUGACAGCUCCACAGCUGUGAAUUCCUGAGUUCUAGAGUAAAAAAUGGAACCAUGAACCAGGCUUUUCGUUUCGCUGGGAUAUGGUGGUUGUUCCUUAGGAGUUUCUAGUGGUGCUACAUAUACAGAGGAAUGUUUGGGUUGUUUCAAGGGGGUGUGAAUGGAUAAAACUCCUGAAUUUGGGCUUCUUUCUGAUCUAAGAUUAUAGAAAUGCUUCUUCAAAAAUUAGACUGGGGGAGGGGGCAGGGGCAGUCAUAGACCUGGAGUCAAAAAAGUAGGUGAGGAAGGGAAAAAAAGGAGGGGAGAAAAGGGAUGGCACAGAGAGAGAGAGAGAGAAGGGGGUGCCCACUCAUGUUUAGCUUUGUCUCUGCUGGCGUGCAGCCCCCAACAAAUUACCCCUGAGGGAAUGCAGUCCUCAACAGAGAAAAAGAUUUCCCCCCCACCCUGGCUUAGACUGUUAGUUUCUAUUGUCCAUUCUACAAAAAAGAUGAUGUAGCCAACUCCGCCUCAUCUUGCCUCUUGACUUCCCAAUUGCUGUGUGCCUACUUUGUUAGCUCAUCCCUACCAGUAGGUCAGGUUUCCUUUUAAAGUUGUGCCCACCAGUACCAUCUGAUGUUUCUAAAUGGUUAAAAUAGAAACUGUCCUCAUGCUUUCCUUUGUAAUCAUGGGGGCUGCUAGAAACAUAUUCUUUUCCCAGAUACUCAUGAUUCCAUGGGAGCUAUUGUACAGAAACUCCUGAAUAGCUGUACACCUCUGUGACUGGAAUAAAAUUGGAUAAAUGUACUCCCACCCAGAAAUGUAUUUCACUUGCAUGGAUUAAACCAUUGCUAUGGCUUGGGUUGAGGUCUGUUUUUCCAUGUAAAGUUUGGAAUGUUGUAUGUGUUUUUCAUGUUUCAGGGAGUAGGGCUGAGACUAGGGAAGGAAGGCUUUCAGCUUGAAGGAUGGAAAAAAUGUAUGGGGAAGAACUGCAGGGGGCAUGAUGAAGUUUGGAACAUUGUUCUGAGUGAUGUCAUUUCCUCUACUCUUUGGAAGUCAUGCCAAGACUCUUACUUCCUAAAAUGUAAUGUGUGGAUGAGGCAAAUGUGUGUCACCGAUAGUCUUAUCGGAGAAUCAGGAUAGAUUGCCACUUCCCAUUAAAUGGACACUUGGUGGUAAACCUGGGUAAUGUGUGGAAUGGCCUUGGGCUUUUACCAGAGCAGUCAAUGUAUUUUCAAAUGUCUAAUCACAAGAGGUAGAUCAAACACUCUCAAUAUUUUUGGAAUACCUUGCAAUGUCCUGGACACUGCACAAGAGAUUACGGUUUCAAUCUGCUAUGCGAUAAAGCUUGCCUGUGCCUGGUAAACUUGUGACACUAAUACAUGUUCCUCAGAGUUAAACCCAGGGUUGUGUGUACUUCGUGCUAAAGAAAUGAAAGUUAGACACCCAAGCAAUCCUAAUUCUGUGCCAAGGAAAGGACUGCACAACUUGUAGAACAUUUCUGAACCUUGUAGAAAUAUGCAAAUUGAGCAAAAAAAAUGGAAAUUGACUGCCUUCAAGUUGAUUGUGACUUAUGGGUGCCCUAUGAAUCGGGUUUUCAUGGUAAGCAGUAUUCAGAGGUGGUUUACCGUUGCCUGAGGCUGAGGGGCAGUGGCUUGCCCAAGGUCACCCAGUGAGCUUCAUGGCUGUGUGGGAAUUCGAACCCUGGUUACUUUGUAUAGCUAGUUAAGGGAAGGGGGUCAAUGAGAUAUACAUGGCACUGAAGCCAUAACCUCAGUCAUCUUAGGGCCAAAUUAGAUAUAACAUGAAGUUAAAUGUUUCUUUGAAUUUAAAGAAAGCAUAUUAAAAAUGGAAAUAGCUGUGUGUGUGAGAGAGAGAAUUAACGGGAACAAUAAAAAACCUGUAUACGUUG